AAAAUUUUUUGUCAGUAGUGCUGAAUCAGUCGGUGGGUGCACUUUUCAUUUUUAACUCAAGAAAAAAAUAGAAAAAUAACCUAAAUAAUUAUGGCAGAGCAAAAGAAAGCUCCGAUCCUUAAGAAGGAAGAAGAUUUCGUCAAAAACCUUGAAGGUUUCAUUAACCCAGCUGAGGAUCAAGUUGCCCUUUUAUUGGAUUACGAUGGUACAUUGGCCCCCCUGACCGAAGAAUUGUCUGCCAUGCCCAAGGACAAUGAAAUCAACAUCAAGAAAUUGGCUCAAAACGAAAAGAUUUUCCUUUGCAUUUUCUCUGGCCGUGAAUUGGCUGAUAUUAAGAACCACCUGAAACUGCCAAAUGUCACCUAUGCUGGUAACCAUGGUUUGGAAGUUGAAUAUCCUUCCGGCAAGAAAUUUAAAAUUGAAAUGCCCGAAGAACUUCUUGAAAAACACAAGAAAUUGGUUGAAGAACUUAAAGAAAAGGUUGUAUGCAGUGGUGCCUGGGUCGAGGAUAAGAAAAUCUCCGUUUCAUACCGCUACAAGGGUGUCAACGACAAACUGAAGGCCAAACUCGUCGAAACCGCCAAGGGUAUUAUUCAAUCGCAUGGAUUCCAACUUAUUGAAACCCCAUACGCUUUGGAGGGCAAACCAAGGGUCAACUGGGAUAAGGGUGAGGGUGCCAAGAUGAUUUUGGAGAAGCAAUUCGAUGCUGAUUGGGCAACAAAAUUGAAAAUCAUCUAUGCCGGUGAUGAUACCACCGAUGAGGAUGCCAUGAAAAUGCUCCAUGGAAUUGGCAAGACUUUCCGUGUAUCAGAAUUGCCAACCUUGAAGACAUACGCCAACUUCCAGAUCAAAACUCCUGAAGAGGUUGGUUAUCUCUUGCAAUGGCUUCAAUCCAACUACGAGAAGAAGAAGAAGUUGUAAAUUUCCAUACACAAAAACACACACAAAAAAAACGCAUAUUAUUUAUAAUUUUCAUGAGAUUUUUGUCGCUCUCAUUUUUACAUUAUUUGUAUUUUUUAUUUAUGUAAUUUUAAAUUAAAACAAACAAAAAAAAAAUAAAACAAAAUUAAUUUAUGUACAAUUUAUUAAUAUUUUUUUGUAGUUAGUUUAUCACUUUUGAUAGGAAGGAAAAGUGCAAUUUAUGGUUGAAAACGAAACAAGAUUUUUCGC